CAGACUUAGUUGAAAAUAUUAGAAUUUAUUCUUCGGCUACAACGAUGACUGAAAGUGUCAGUGUGGGUGAAUCGAAACUGGAUUUUGAAACUGUUUUGAAUAAUGCCGUAGGAGAAUUUGGCAAAUACCAGUUGAUUAGUAUCUUAUUGUUAGCAAUACCAGCAGCGUGUUCGGGGUUUAUGGCUGGAGAUUACAUUUUUACUGCAGCAAGGCUGCCACAUCGAUGCGCCGUGCCACUAUGUGACGGACUAGAACCAGAGUACCUACCGGACUGGAUAUCAAAUGCAAUACCAGAAACUGCCACAGGCAUUGAUGAAUGUAACCGAUAUAUAAACAUAACAGACAAUAGUAAUACUACUCUGGGCGAUGUGUGUCCCGCAAUAAUGUUCGACAGAAAUAGAACCGAGUCUUGUGACAGCUUCGUAUUCGAGAGAACAAACACCGUUGUGUAUGAUUUUAAUUUACAAUGUCAAGAAUGGCGAAGAGCUCUGGCUGGGACGUUCAAUAGUAUUGGAGGAAUGGUAGCUCUAAUUAUUGCCGGCUACAUAUCAGACAACUUAGGCCGACGAAUGUCUAUUGUGUUUUUUGGAUUUAACGAAGCUCUGACUGGUCUGGUAAGAGCAUUCUCAGUAAACUAUGCUAUGUACGUUGCUUUUCAAUUUUUGCAGACGGCUAUCGGCGGCGGGAUAUAUAGCGCCAGUUACAUUCUAGCGACAGAACUAGUUGGGCCAAAGUACCGUGUUCUUACAAGCGCUACGAUGUCAUCUGCAUUUGCUGCGGGUCAAAUGAUAGUGGGCCUUGUAGCUUCAGUAGUAACGGAAUGGCGACAUUUGACUUUGGUGCUCUUUUGCCCCGUAUUUCUUACAGUUUUUUACUACUGGAUUGUUCAUGAAAGUCAUCGUUGGUUGCUGAGCAAAAAUAAGCAGGAACAAGCUAGAGCCACACUCAAUCACGUAGCUGGUGUCAAUGGACGUACUAUUUUAAUAGCCGAAAUGGAAUUCCUGUUGACAGCGAUACCAAGAAAAAUGGAAGCAAACAAAAUUGACACCAAAACACCUUUAUUAAUACGAGUCGUUAAAAGUCAUGUUAUGUUACGAAGGUGUUGUAUUACUCCAGUUUGGUGGAUCACUACUACUUUUAUUUACUAUGGUUUGUCAAUAAACUCAGUUAGUCUUUCGGGAAAUAUGUAUUUGAAUUAUGUUGCAACCGCAGCCGUAGAAAUUCCAGGGUACUGGACGGCAGUUUUAGUAUUGGAUAGAGUAGGAAGAAAAGUGACUUUAUUUACGGGAUACAUGUUGUGCGCCAUUUGUUGCAUUUCGUUUGCUUUUAUCCCUAACAAUAUGUAUGGUUUGUCACUAGCUUUAUACCUUACUGGUAAGUUUAGCAUAGCUGCCGUCUUUACUUCAUUGUAUCUGUAUACUUCUGAAUUGUAUCCUACGAGGCAUCGACAUUCGUUCCUGGGGUAUUCUUCAAUGAUGGGUCGCAUAGGGUCCAUUAUAUCUCCACUGACACCGCCUCUGAUGGUGUAUUGGUCGGGAAUACCGUCGAUGCUGUUCGGCGCGAUGGCGGUCAUCUCGGCGGUGUUACUCCUCUCGCAGCCGGAGACGUUAGGAACCAAACUACCGGACACCAUAGAAGACGCGGAACUUCUUGGAUCUGCAUAGAAUAUUAAUAUACUAAGGUUGCAUAUUAACCUUAUUAGCGCCGUAACUAAAUUAAAGUAGGCGAGGUUUGAUGUGGGACGCUAUGUGUGUCGGCACCUUCGCCGCAAUCUGCCCUUGCAAAUAUAGUCUAGUUUCCGUGUUAUUUUUUUCGUAGCAGGCAAAAGGCAAAUGGCCUUUGAUUAAAACUUGUAAAUAAUUAAUAAAAUAACUACAAUUUUGCAUUAUCCCCCUCUUAAGUAACCCAAUACCAACACAAACUCACGGCCGAUUUAAACGCUAAUAAAUCCGAGAAAUACAAGGUAAAUACACGUAAAACAUGUCAUUAGAAAAUACAACUUAAACCCUGGCGGUGUCGUGUGGCAUCGGUAAAAUUUCUCAUCCGACACUAAAGAUCAUCUAUAAGUAUGUAGGUAGGUAUCUUAGGAUAUACCAGAGUACCUACUUUUGAAAAUUAUUUUAAGGAAAAUGUAAUUCAAAAAUAAGAAAACUAUUAAAAUAAAAAAAUAUAGAUUGUUUGUGUAAUAUUACUUGCGAGCGGUUUAUAGAUCGUGUCUUUCACGAUGACGCGUGACUUGACUCGUAUUGUGAUAUUAUUUAAGGUUAGAUUUGACAAAUAUGCGCGUCAUCGGAGAUGACACAAAACUAUGGGAACUAAUGUUUUGAAAUUGUGAUUUUAAUUGCAGACCCAUAAGUAAAAAAAAAAGACAGAACCGUUUAAUGGCGAUUAUAAGACCAAUAUUUGCAAUUAUUUUCUAUCUAGACCAUUUCGUUCAAUCACGUAUCAAGUACAGCCACGAUCUUUGAAAUAUAAUGAAUAUUAAAGUAACAUCUAUUUCAAGGACAUUGCGUGUAACCAACCCCUUAACCAAGGGACGAAAGGCACCCAUUUCUGUCAAGGUGACGAGACUGAAAUGGUGGCUUUCACCCGAGUUAAACACUCUAUUUUUCUUUUCGAAUACGAGAAAGUAAAAUAUAUGUGCAUUUAAAAACACGACUAAGUAUAAAUUUCAGUAGAAUUUCUUGACUUCAAUUACUAAUACUACUUACUUGGUACUUCCAAUUAUCAAUUUAAGAAAAAUAUCGUUAUUUAUGGAAUGUUAGUUAGUUAUCAGAAUGGAAAUUGUACAACAAAUUAACUCCGCAUACAAAACCAUUUAUGGCGGAUAUGAUAUUGAACUCUAUUGACAGCUAUUAAAGUUCAAAUUUUAACAAAUAUUACUUAUUACAUGCAGUAAGGGGUUAAAACCAAAAUUUUAAUUGCUUAUAAUCAAUAAAAUACCGACCAAAUGCGAGCCGGACUCGCGCACCGAGGCUUCCGUACAAACCUGUAGAUAUAUAUUAUUAUAUGAUGUUACUAAAAAUUUACGGUUUUCCUAAUUUUUUUUAUCUGUGCUAUAAGACGUUACUUUGUACCAAAUUUUAAGAUUCUGUGUUCACUGGAAGUACCCUGUAGGUUUUGAUUCCCUUGCGAGUGUCGAAAAUUUGCGGAAAUUUGCGGCAUAAGCGGCUGUAUCUUUUGAUUGCGUUGGCUUAGAAGUUUGAUUUUUUCAAAGCUCCAAGGGAUAGUAGACUUGAGUAUUUUAUAUAAAUUCCAGCUUGAUACCUACACGCGUUCCUGAGAAAAAGGGUCUUGACAGACAGACAGACGGACGGACGGACAACAAAGUGAUCCUAUAAGGGUUCCGUUUGUUCCUUUCGAGGUACGGAACCCUAAAAAAGAAAGAAAAAAAAUGUACUUAUAAAGUACCAUUCUCUAGAGCAGAAACGUAUCACUUACUGCACAGUUUUUAGAACAACGACAACCCACUUUCAGAAAUUGAGAAAUGAAAAAUCCCUUAUUGGUAAUAAAAUUAUGCUAAUUUGAGGGGUUUUUAGAAAAUUUUAGAAAAGGCUAUGAAACAUAGGGAUUAGUGUCAAAUCGAUAUCACUUCGUUAUUAGCGAGUGUAAUGUGUGUAAUCAAUGAAAUUAAAGGAACUAUAUCCAUAGAUAACAGCUUAUGCGGGAUUUAAUAAAAUAUACUUUGAUCUUUUUAUCGUUUGAAGAAGGUAGGUAAAUAUCAAUAAAAAUAUUAUUUCAUAUCAUGAGUUAUUAAAACACGAACUACGUUUACGACCUCUUACAUGCGUUAAAUUAUAUGAAACAAAACAACGUAUAAAGUAUUAUUUUAAAGUUUUAUUUUAUUUAGUUAAUAGUUAAUUUUAUAGACUACAUGCCAGGAACAGAUUUCCCGGGCGAAAAUUCGUAUAGUGGUUAACGACUAUGUAUGAUGAACCCUCGUGGACGUCAGCUGCCGCUCUGUUGGUGGGUUGAGAAAUGGCAGCCACCGAAACACGUAAAAAAUAAUGGUCAUCACCUCCCGUUUGAUACUUUGCCCGCUGGUCGCAUGAAUAUGUAAAAAAUAAGCGCUGUACCUGUUUAUGAUAGCAAUAACAAAUCAUGAAACUUUACAUGUAUAGUAGAUACUCGUACUCCUAUAAUGGAACAGAAACCGGUAAUGGGAGAUAAAACCACAAAUUUUGUAAAAUAAGUAAAUAAAACUAGUUUAUAAGCACUGGCAACAUUUUACCAUAAACAAGAGUCAUAGAGCUUCUUAAGUUUGAUGUUUCAUUAAAUAUGCUUUUUUCUUAAGAAAUUGGCGCCAAGUCAAAAGUUGUCGUGGAACUGAAAAAAUAAUCAGUAAGAACUCUUACCAACUCCGCUAAGAGAGGUGAGCACGUAUUUUAAAUUAUAAUAAUAUAUUUACUUCGGGUAAAUUAGAAUGAGUUUGGUAAUUUUAUUUACUAUGAGAUUAGGUAGGUACACAAUACAUUAUGUUGUUACUCCAGAGAUGUAAAAAAAAUAGAUAUUUUGCAAUCCUAUAAUGGGAUAGGAGUUGUAAAAUUGCAUACCUCCUAUGAUGGGACAAUCUUAUACACUGAUGCUUACCAUGCCGUAAUUUCAUGUUUUAAGAAUAAAUAAGUAAAAUGUAGUUAACAAACAUGUCGACUAUUUUAAAAUUUCACGUUUGUGUCAGUAUGGUAUGAUAGUCAGCAGCAUUACUGCAGCAGUAUUGCAACGCGAUAUUACUGCUUGCCGCAUUUCUGAGGCAGCAAUGCAGUCGGCAGUAAUGUCGCGCUGCAAUACUGCUGCAGUAAUGCUGGUGCAGUCUGAAUACGAACGGUACCUUAAGGUCUUGUUUAGACGGCGGGAAAACCCGCAUGAGAUUUUAGCUACAUUGCGGACUAUUGAGGAUAUUAUAUACCUAGUACAUUUAAUUCUGCCGACCGAUCAAAUACCCCAAUGUAAUGAAUCUCGUAUGCGACUUCUCUCAUAGUCUAAAUUAGCCCUAAUAUAUUGAAUUGUGGAAUUAAAUACAUUUAUUUUAAA